AUGCCUGAUAAUACCAGAAAACGCACAACCACAUCUGACUCUUCAACAGACGGGUUGUCGACUUCUCGGAGGAAGUUGGCACACGAGGACUACACAGUCGGGUGGAUCUGUCCCUUGGAGGUGGAAAUACCUGCAGCGUUGGAGAUGCUGGACGAAGAGCACGAAGUUCUUCCUCAACAGCGUGGUGAUAAAAACGGGUACCACCUCGGCAGCAUUGCUGGUAAAAACGUUGUGAUUGCAGGGCUAUGGGGAUACGCAGCUGCGGCUGCGGCUGCAUAUGCUAGACAGCUAUUUUUCCACAUGCCAAUUGAGCAAGCAAGGUUGAUACCGGUUCCGUCCAUAGAGGAGGAUCUCAGAAAAUUAGUCAAGCGCAUCGAGGAUAUGGAACGUCGCGAAAGUUUUAAUCUCAUUUCCAUGACUGAUGGUGGGGACUCCUCCAGCCGGGGAGAAGAAGGCACUGGAAGAUGGCUAUUGGAAGCGCCAAAAUCCAAAUCUUGGCCGAAGGAAGGCAAGCAAACACCGUCCCCUCAUGGGAUGCCGGAGGCGAGAAAGAACAUAUCCAAAGAAAUUCCGCGGUUGAUGCUGGACAUGAUAUAG